UUCGAAUUUACUUGGCUUCUAAGAGAAGAGAACCGAUCAGAACAAAGAAAGAGAGAAAGGAGAGAGCAGUUCGCAGUUUUCGUCACUGUGCGUAGGGUUGAUUGUUCAGCCCAUAUCUUGAGCUUCACUCGUUCAAAUCAGGCGUGUGAGGUGUCCAGAGAAAGAUCUUAAAACAAGGAUUCUGGAAUGGUGUAGAUCGCGACGAUCGGAGUUGAGGAAGGCUUCCAAAUCUGCGUUGGAAAGUAGGACCCUGCAGCAGGGUUUCUUCUUCUCUAGGGGGACCUUUCAGUCAUCAUAAAGAAGAUAUAUUUGCAACAAAGGGACCAAAACCUUGAGGCCAUGAUAACCGCAACUAGAAAAUUCUGGUCAUACUGGCAGAUAGAGAGAAGAAAUUGCUGCCACUGGAGCCGUCAGAUUUCAAAUCGAUGUGGUCUUUCAGGUUGAUUUCCGGUGAUUCUGGGCAUCAUCCGUGGUACAGGACCGGCGGCCAUUACACUAGCUGAUCCCGUCGAAAAUUGAAGAGGCAGAUCGAAAGCUCAUGGAGAGGGGCUACCGUCGUUGCUGGUUUAUGCUACUAGAAGAAGGAGAUUGCCGGAAAACCAUUUGGGCUUGAUUGAUCAAUUGCUGGUUUCGUGCCAGGCUGUGGAAGUAUUUUCUGUUGCUAUUUCGACCCUGGAGUCGACGUUGCUGAUGUUGCUACCUGCUAGAGGCUGAAGCUGCGCCUGAGGUUCGUGCCGUUGGUAGAUGAGGCUGUGCUGGAGAAGAUGACGGUGCUGAUUUUGUUGCUGGAGCUGUUCUCUGUCAGAGGUCGGUGGUCGGCGCUGCUAGCCGGAGAGUGGAUUUUUCUCUCCGAUUUUACUUCGUCCGUUCGCCAGAGGAUGAAGCUGCAGCCGAUUUGAGGAGGAGGAAGCUUGUAGAUUACUGAUUCCGCUCGUCGGAGGAUGAAUCUGGUCGCUGAUACUGUUCUCCGAUCGAAAGAGAAAUCCAGGCUGAGCUCGAAGCUGAUUUCUGGCGAGGAGGAGAAACCGCAGCAGACUUUUCUUUUCUGCAUAUUGCCUAGCGUGAAGAUGACUAGGGAAAUUGAUGCUGGCAGGCUUGAUUUUAUUAACCAUUCUGAUCCUGACCAAAAUUUUCCUUCUCCCUUUUUAAGACUUGGACUAUUUCAAAUUGACCUGUUUUUUUUUUUAAAUCAUAAGGAGACCCAAUUUUGGAUGCAUAGGAUUUUUAUUCCUUUUUGAGCAUUUUUUUUACUCCUUUUAAAAAAACAAUGCCUUUUUUGUUGCUAUACAUUUGCAGGAAAUCGAGAGUGUGGACUCUGGAAGCUUGUUUAGCUCAGUAAGAAAAGAUGCGGUCCUUUUUAGGAAAUUUGGGUCCUUUUUUGUAUUUUGUUUUUCUUUUGCCCUUUUUUAAAUGCAGGGACAAACAAAUCGUGGCUAUUUCAUGCAUUAGCUUUCCACUUGGCAGAGAACUUGAGGUUUCGCUAUUCCAUUCGUUGAAGAGGAAGGAGCUAAGUCGAUUGACGACCAUCGAUUUGAAGAUCGGCUAUUUUGUCAGUGCGAAGACCGGCCACUUCGUCGGUUUGAAGACCGGCUAUUUUGUCGGAGCUUGAAGCGGUCUUGCUAGAGCUUGAAGCGGCAUGGGCUUGUAGCGAUAGGAGCUUGCAGCGGUCCGGUAGGAGCUUGUAGCGGUCUAUCCCGAGCUUGUAGCUGUCUGGCAGGAGCUUGUAGCUGUUCGGCAGGAGCAUGAAGCAGUCAGGCAGGAGCUUGUAGAUGUCUUACCAGUUUUGCCGGUUUCAAACGAUGGUGUUGCCCUUUGUCCUUGUGAAGAAUAUGACAUUGCCGAUUCAAAGCUUUAGAAGGGAGUAGCUGAGUAGAAUUCUUCCAGAGCUGCGACAGCGUGCUUUUGACGUCGAUUUCUGGCGAUUUUAGGCGUUGCACGUGAUAAGAACCGGCGAUCAUUGCACUUGUCGAUCCCGUCAAAAAUUUAGGAGGCGGAUCGUCGCUCGCAAUUCAAAGGGAGAAGUUAAAAUCUUAAGUAUUUACUUAAAAUAUUUAAGACACCGAGGCUGAGGAGUCGCAGUUGCUCGUGAUGUGUUAUUGACACGAUGGUGUCGUUGUGGAGACAUCAUUUGAAGUUCUGCUCAAUCAACUUCUGGUGAGGAGGAGACCAAAGUAUUUCUCAAGCCUUCACCAUUCAUCUGUCUUUUUUCGUAAGCCUUCUUCUGAUAUUCUCUCUGACGAAAUGACGUAAUUGGGAUUUAUUUUGUUAUAACUGAACUCAAAAUUGAAACUUUUGAGCUGCCUACGUACUCCUCUGAAGGAGAUCAAGUCAAAUGUAGUUCACAAUACCAUUUGAAUAGGUAAUUUAAAGAGGGUGGGGUUCCGUACACAGUUUUAACUCAUGCGGGCCAGGAGCUUGCCGUACACAUUUUAAACUCUUGUGGGCCAAGAGUAUCUAUGAUUAUGCUCACCCAUAGACAAAGUGAGAUGUUUUAGCAGUUUAGCCACUUACAACAUCAUUGGUGGUUUAAGGAAUUCAACGUUUCAUUUGACAUAUUUAUACCCCGACAUCAAGGGUAUUAAAUCUUCAUAUUGGUCUUCAUAUUGACCACGGGUGUGCACAAUGGUCACUGGCUUGACUUUAAGUGCACUUUCAUAGGUCACUUUCACAUCAGUUUCUCGCUUCAUACGAGAUGGGAUAGAACUUCUAUACUCAUUAAGACUUUGCUUUUCGAGAGGAACUUUAGCAGAUGUAUUGCAUUCAUGUUUUAAUCCCAAUGUUUCAUGUAUGGACUUCCUUUCAAAGUUUUGUCCCAUGCAUGGGUCUUCAGCAUGCUUUAUCAUCAUUAGGCUCGUUCCAAGACGAUCUUGCAAAGUGUUCUUCAUAACUUUCUUUGGCUUCAAACCCAAUCUAUCAAAGAUGGCGGGCCUUGAUUUGGCCCCCUCAAUCUGAUCAAAGACAGAGCACUUUAGUUUGGAAGUCACUUCAUUAUCUUCAUCGACACUAAUAUGAUGUAUUGCAGCUCUAUUUAUGAGGAUAUUUAUAGGUUUAGGUUGAACAUAACCUAAUCCAACAUGCCCUUGUAACCUUAUUUGCUUCGGUGUUCCUUCUCCACCAGCUUCUGGAAUGAGUUUCCCCAACUUCUGUUCGUUAGGAUUAUACCCGGCUUUAGCAAGGAGUUUAUACGCGUUUGGAUCAAAUCCUUCAUUUGUACGCGCCUUGGGGAGAUCAUAUGCCUUAACAUCAUCUUUUUUCUUUACUUCCUCCUUGCAUGUGCUCCGAGGAGUUUUCAAUAUCUCAAUCUAGACUUUAAAUAAAACUUUGCAUCUGCAAAAUAGGACUCGACUUCUGUGAAUGGAGUCUCAUCAGCCAACACCUUCUUCACAACACCGUUUUCUUCAUACAUGAAGCAUUGGUGCCAAGUUGAUGGAAUUACACCAUUUUCAUGGAUCCAUGGGCGUCCCAACAAAAUAUUAUAUGAAGCUUUGGCAUCAAUAACAUGACACAGAGUACUUGCUUGUAAUCCAUCGAUGACUAGGUCAAGCUUUAUCAUCCCAAUCGCCCUUUGCCCUUCUUGAUUAAAGCCUUGAAUCAUCAAGCGGCUUUGAGAGAGUUCAUCCAUUGAUAUAUCAAGGUUUUUCAUAGCUCGAACUGUCAAAAUAUUAACGGCAGAACCUUGAUCGAUCAUGAUUCUCUUAAUUCUUUGGCCUCGAGAAUAUCCUUCGACGAAGAGUGGGCGAUUAUGCGGGGUUGCGCCCAGCAUGAGGUCUUCAUCUUUGAAGAUAAUAUUAGUGGCAUAAGAGGUAGAUUUUUGUCCUUCAGCCACUUCUUUCUUAGUUGAAACUGGAGAUGAACAUCUACUCGAACUCUCAAUUUCUUUCUUAUGGGUGCUAAGGCAAGAACUCGAAUUUUGAGUCAUCUUGUUCUUGAUAUUCUUUGGCAUAUAAUCGUUUAGAGUAAUCGGCCUUCGCGUAACCUCAAAUCGAACUUGAUCUUUCCUUUGCUCCCUUUUCUUCAACUCGUUUAUCGGUUGUUGCCUAACCCAUUUCUUUACCACCUUCCUCGGUUGUGGCUUAGGUUUGUGGUUCUUCUUUUGUUUAUCUCGAGCUAUUAGCAUCCAUGGACCUUCUUUGCCAUUAUUUUCUUCAUCUCUCAUGCUUUUGUUAAAACGAUGGUCAUUUUCCAUCACUUUGAUAGUAAAAGGAAGUUUUUGUUUGUGAGAGCUCUUGCUCUCUUCUUUGGAGUCAUCUUUGACCAUGAAUGGAGAAAACAUACCAAAAGUGAUGGCAACUUGGUUUGUGCUUGCAGCAGAAUCGGCGAGCUCAAUCUUUCCAUCACGAGCUAGUGCCAUGAUUUUGUGUUUAAGAACCCAACACUUCUCAGUGGGAUGACUUAUAAUUCGAUGAUAGUUGCAGUAUUUGGGAUCAUCGACUUUUAUGGCUUCCUCGGGUCGCUUGGACUCGGGCAAACUGAUAAGAUUCAGUCUCAUCAGUUCCUCAAACAUGAGAGGAACGUCAGAGUCUAAGAAGGGGUACUUCUUUUCCAACAUCUCUUCUAGAAAUGGUUUAACGCGUUUUGAUGCCUCCAAGUCGGCUCUAGGAACUUGCUUUGAAUUUUGAGUGAAGAUCUUAACAGGUGCAGUCUUCGUGACCAUUGCUUCUUUCUUUUCAAACUUAGAAAAGGGCUUGCCCCCAUUCUUGGUAUCUUGUUUUUCAAUCGUAUUAUUGACGGGAUACAUACCCACGGGUUUCCUUCUAUUGCUCUUAAUGCUCAACUCCAUGUUACGAGCUUUGCUUGCUAGCUCAUCAAAAGUGUUUGGAUUGACUCCUUUGAGAAUGUAGCACAAUUCCCAAUGCAUUCCUUCAAUGCACAUAUCGAUAGCAGAGCUUGUAGAGAUUCGUUCUUUGCAGUUUAGAGCAAGAUCCCUCCAACGCUCAAUGUAAGCUAUCACAGAUUCAUCUUUCCAUUGGCGAGUAGUUGUUAGUUCGAGUAAACUAACCACCCUCCUUGUGCUAUAGAAACGGUUUAAGAACUCAUGUUGCAUAUCUUGCCAACUAUCAAUGGAACCGGGCUCUAAGUCAGUAUACCAGUCAAAUGCAUUUGCUUUAAGGGAGCGCACAAACUGCUUGACAAGGUGAUCUCCGCUUGUUCCCGCGUUAUUGCAAGUUUCCACGAAAUGGGCUACAUGUUGCCUUGGAUUUCCCUUCCCAUCAAACUGGAUGAACUUCGGCGGCUGGUAACCAAUGGGCAUUUUCAGAUCCUCGAUCCUCUGAGUGUAUGGCUUAACAUAGGAGUAAGUAGAUUGACCUUCUUCUAUCUUCCCCUUUAUGGUUCCCAUGAUGAAGUCUUUAAGUUGAUCAAUCAAGAUCAUGCCCCCAGAAAUUGAGAUAUCCUUCCCUGAAUCCUCUUGGUGAGGAUCAUUCUCUUCAUUCACUUUGGGAUCCUUCUCAUGAGUAUGACUUGACUCGCCUUUCAAGCUUUCUACUUUGUUGUUCAGAUCACUCAACUUUUGGUCUUGAGCUUGCAUGAACAUACUCAUCCCUUCGAUGACUUUAGUUAGAUGGGCGAUCUGUUCUUCCAUAGAUGUGGUGCUCGUUGUCAUGGUGGGCAUCACAGUAUAGACAUUUGACCACUGCGGAGUAGUUCUUCGUAGAGGACUUGACGGGGGAGUAGAGUCUGAUCCAGAUGAUGAGCUUUCACCUCCGCUUGUCCACUUCGGGGAAGUAACUUCACUUAUGGGUGAAGAAAGCUUCCAGGUCAUUUCUUGCGCAAUUCGAGAUCCAUCCAUUGCAUCGGGAGUAGUUCCCGAAGAUGACUGCGUAGCCAGGAUUCUUGAUCGGCUCCUAGUAAUAGGGCCUUGCAUGUUUUGAUUUGAGAUUGACGAUGCUCGAGAAUUCAAAGUGAACACGGGCUUGCUUGAGGCCAUUGUUUCGUUUUCCUUGAUUAAAAGUGAAGAGAUGAGAGGUAGAGUUGUCCCACCGGGCGUGCCAAAACUUUGUGAAACAAAUUUUAAGUAUUUACUUAAAAUUGAUCGCAAAUAAUAAUAUGUGAGAAUAUCGGGUACAAUCUCUAAAUAUGAAUCCUCUGAUUCUUCACUUGCAAUUUGAUAUGAAUAUAAUUAAAGAAUUUAAUUUAAAAUUAAAUCUCUAAUUCUUCAAAAACUCGAACGUUUUUCGAUUCUUCGAAUCUUCGUUCUUGAGAUCUUCGAAUCUUCGAACUUCGUUCUUCAGAUCUUCAAAUCUUCUUGAAUGCAAAAUUCAAUAUUGAAGGGCCUCCGGUUUCAAGUAGCUUGAUCUUCAACAAAAGGGCCGUUAUGUGGCUUGAUCUUCUGUUAAAGGGCUUCCCGGGAUAUAUGGCUUGAUCUUCAAUUGAAUAUUGAUUCAAUCUUCAUAUGAAUAUCUUCAAAUCUUCAAAGAUUCGUUCUUCAUAUCUUCGAAUCUUCAAAGCUUCGUUCUUCAGAUCUUCGAAUCUUCAAGCUUCGUUCUUCAGAUCUUCGAACGUUCUUCAACUUUUGGCUUUGUUUGAUCAAGAAUCGAUGAAAUCACAAAGGAUUAUUCAUAUAUUCUUGACAAAAACGUGGCUUGAUCUCUUCCUCUUCUUCGGAAUCCUUCAGAGCCUUUCGGGAGUUCUUCAGAGCUUUGCUGCAGCGUUUCUUCGUCUGGCCGUUCUCCUCCCUUUCUCUCAACUGAGACCUCUAUUUAUAGGUGUGGAGGGGGUGAAAAUAUGACCUAGGGUUGCUGAAAUUCGUCCAUACCUUAUGGGCCAUGAUAAAAUGGGCUUUGGGCUCCAUUUGCUUGCAUUUUAAUAGCUAGAAAAAUCAGCACUUGUUCGAUGUAUCUGGACAGCCUUUUUUAACAAGGUUCGUAGCCAUUUUCCAUGCAUACAGACGGAUUUCUUAACCAGAUUCAUUGCUCUCUUUUUCAAUUGAAUCAUGUCUCAUGCUUGUCGGGCCAUUAUUUAAUAAUGGGCUCAAAAUUAAUAGGACCGGUCCAUUUUAAAGAUUUAAUUUAUAAUUGAAUUAAGUAGGUAUUUUAAAUGACCCAAAAUAAUUCAAUCACUAAUUUUUUUUUCUCAAUAUGAACUCGUAUUAAUAUUUCUCUUUAAAUAAGGCCCAACAAUUAUCACGAGCAGCCUAGUAAAAUUCAACGUUGACCCAGUAGCAUCCAAACGAGGUCCAAUAUGAUUGAGAAUAGUCUGGUAGCAUUUGAAUGAGUCUAAUAAUAUUAGGGACCGUCAUAAAAUAUUAAGUCCAAAAUAUUAAAUAAUUUUUAAUAUCCACACCGUGCUUACUAAAAAUUUAUAGGAACACUCCGCUCAUAUCAUUUUCUUCUCCUUUAUUACUUGUCUACAGUAUUCUUGUAAGAAUAACUAAGUAAUUAUGGUGAUUUUAUUUUAUCAGAAUUGAUCGAAGAUAUCAAUCAUGCAAAGGUAUGUUAUCUAUAUUAUUUAAUACCAAAUAUAUACGUAUAUGAUAGAAGAUAUUAUUUAAAAUUCAGAAUAAUUUUCUGGUUUAAACAGUAAAAGAAGGUAAUUGAUAUUGUCAUGAAUACCUGCAGGAGAUAGCUGAAUUCUUGAAGAGUUUGAGCUGAUUCGUGCUGAUAACGUGUUGUGAAAUGAAGAAGAUGAAGAACAGAUUUAAGAGAUAGAUAUAUUGUUAAAAAGCUCUAAAUAACUUCUUCUUAAUCUCUGAAAUUUCUGAGUUCUUUUAAUUUCUGAAUGAAUUUACAAGGCUUCAUCAAACUCUUAUUUAUAGUGUUUGAGCUUGAUGAUUAGUCACCUAAAUGAUGAGUCUACAGAUUUGGUGGCAAUAACAAAUUGAGCCACUUAUUCUAACUAGGUUACAAGGAUCACUACAAAGAUCAGGAACAUCUUGGUGUCCUAGUGACAAGGAUGAAUAAUUCACACUUGUCAAUUUGAUGGUUUUACAACAUAGUUUGAUAUCUCGGAGAAUGUAACUAUAUACUUCGUAUGAAAGUUAGAAAUCUAAUAAAAAUUAUGUGUAUUCAUCAAAAUCAAAAUUUAAAUUAAUUUACCGAAGUGGAAGUUUUACCUUGCUAAAGGAGUAGAUUCUAUCCCUUAUAUCUAAACAACUUCUCCUCAUCCUAUGUGUUGCCUAUAAAACGGGAAGAG